CGAGCUCAUUCCAGCAGUGGGUUUAAUGUUUCGCCGAUUGUGUCUGGAUUUUUUCCUGUGCAAUUAAAUAUGCCAUAUGAUGCCCUUUGAGCCGCGGCUGGGAUUGGCUGUUUAGUGAGGACUUUCUUUUUUCCUUGUUCCUCUCACUCUUUCCGCUAAUCUGUGUGGUAAUAACCUCAUGGCUCAACAAAGGGUCAGAUCCGUUAGAGAAGUAACAGUUUGGAGAUUUCCUGUGAAGCAGGAAGUGAAGCAGCGUUAGAGCUUCAGUCCUAAACAUGAACGCUCAUCUCAUCUUCAUCUUCUUUCUCAGCUCCUUGUUGCAGGACGGUCUCACUCAGCGUGUGUACUAUGGACCUGAAGGAGAAUCCAUCACAGUCAGGUGCUCAUUUAAAUUCCCUGGAGGGACGAAGCUUUUCUGCAGGAAGUCGUGUGAAGACGGAGACGUCCUGAUUAAGACAAAGGACGUCACAGCUCAGAGAGACAGAUACAGCAUCAGAUACGAAGGAGGAAAUUUUUUUUCACAACUUCGUACAUUUGUUCAUGUGACAAUAAAACAGCUGAGGAAGUCUGACUCUGGACGGUACAUGUGUCGUUUGAAGAGACCUUUUCAUCCAGACUUAGAAACAAUAGUUAAGAUCAUCGUCACAGACGCUUUACCUUCUUCGACACCGAACUGGUCAGUGGAACCUACUCCAACAUCUCUCCCAGCAGCCAUAGCCACAGCUCCCAGCUCAAGCUCUCCUGAAACCAGUGAGCUGCCACAGUCAUCUGCACUUCAGAUCACAGCUCUUGUGCUGAAUGUGAGUUUCAUCAUCAUCAUCAUCAUCACACUCACAGUGACUGUGAUGGUUUUCUGCAGGAUCAGAACCAGUAAACACACAGUUGCAGGUUGAAGACGACUCCAUCACUUGCACCGACACUGAGGUGGAGUCUAACCUCAGUGACUCACUCCACAGCGCCCCCUAUAGACAUGUGGACACUGUUACUCAGGUACAGAUGAACUGUGUCUGUGAAGAAGCUUCAUGUUCUCUGUUCUCCACUUUGCUUCAGGUUAAAGGUUAAAGGUUAAAUGUAACUGUAACUGUAACUCAGGAGCUUCA